AUGAAGCGUUAUUAUCAUGCAUCAAGGAGGAGGAGAGUGUCCGUACAUUAUCUUCUCAUCGUAAUCGCCAUUUUCGCUGGAUUAGGCUUGCUAAUUCUCACUCUGAGAUCCAUUGAUCCGCCAGAAACCACUCACUUGCUCCCUGAAAUCAAACAAGAUUCGAGCUCGAGCUCAAGCUCAAUCUCAAUCUCCUCCAAAAACGCUGCCGUUGGACCGGUGAUUGGGAGAAAUGUUAGAAGAGGAGGAGGAGGAGGUGGUGGUGGUUCUUCCAAAUCGUGCGCUACUGUUGAAGAAAUGGGCAAGAGUUUCAAAGGAGGCCAAGUCUGGAAAGAGAGUCUUCGAGUCAGAAAGAUUAUCGCCGACCACUUCGAUUUAAACGGUGCUACGAGAGUGCGAGAUCUUCCUCCAGAGCAGUUUUGCAGGCACGGUUUUGUGCUGGCGAAAGCAUCGGAAGCAGGUUUAGGCAAUGAGAUGUACAAGAUUUUAUCUGCCGCAGCAUUGAGCGUAAUGCUCAACCGUUCUCUGAUCAUUGGGCAAACCAGGGGUAAGUAUCCUUUUGGGGAUUAUAUUUCGUAUUCGAAUCAUUCCUUCACGAUGCGAGAAGUUAAGCAUCUGUGGAGACGAAAUGGUUGUUUAAAUAACUAUCAAAGGCAUUUGGUUAUGAGAACUGAUGAUUUUGCAAAGCCAGCGAAAACGAAUGUCCUUUGUAGCAAUUGGAGGAAAUGGAAACAACCUAUCAUAUGGUUUCAGAACACAACGGAUGCUGUGGCCAUUCAGUUUUUCUUGAAGAAUGUACACCCCGAGAUGAGGAAUGUUGCUUCUAAAUUGUUUGGACAGCCAGAACAACUCCAGGCACGCCCGAAUGUUUUUGGGGAGCUGAUGAGAAUUCUGAUAUCCCCUUCAGAAAAUGUUGAGGAAGUGGUCAAGUGGGUUCUUCGCGAUGGGGUAGAUCCUGAUAUUUCUUUACACAUGCGGAUGCUUAUGAACAGGUCUGUCAGAGCUCCACAGGCAGCAUUGAACUGCAUCAGGAAAGCUCUCCGCAAGCUACGCCAUAUUUCAAAACCUAAAGUGGUUUUAGUAACAGAUACCCCCGCUUUUGUAAAAAGCAUUCUUCCAAACAUAAGUGAAUUUGCAGAGGUUCUUCAUUUUGAUUAUAAGCAUUUCCAAGGAAAUAUCUCCCAUGCCGUUAAUAAAUCACAUAGAUUAGAUUUUAGGGUGAAGGAUUGGGGCCCUGCCCCCAGAUGGGUUGCAUUUGUAGACUUCUUCCUUGCAUCACGUGCGAAACAUGCUGUUGUUUCUGGGGCUCACAGGCGCGUUGGGACUACAUAUGCUCAGUUAAUUGCAGCACUGGCUGCUGCAAAACACCUUGAUGGUUUAAGGUUGCAGGUUGGCUGGGGACAUGUUUGGAACAGGUUUGCCGGUCCAUUGAGUUGCCAAAACCAGGCCAACCAAUGUGCUUACACGCCACUUCUCCCUCCAGCUUGGUGGGAUGGUCUUUGGCAAUCUCCUAUUUCACGUGAUGUCCGCAGGCUAGAAGCUUUCGGUCUCAAACUAUCUGGUUUUGGCACAAUUGAUGAAAAACAUCUUCAGUCCUUCUGCAUUUCGAAGAAAAAAAGGCGAACACUGCAUUAA